AUGCCCGGCGAGAUGAACAACAGUCCUUCUGGCGGAAAGAGUGACUACAACAACGCCACUCUCCGCCCGAUAACGAUCAAACAAGCGCUGGACGCGACCCAACCGUACCCGGAAGCCGGCUACCAGAUCGACUCGGCCGAGGCGGCGAGCGUGUGCUUCAUCGGGCAGGUGCGGAACAUCAGCUCGCAGAGCACGAACGUGACGUACAAGAUCGACGACGGCACCGGGGAGAUCGAAGUGAAGCAGUGGAUCGACUCGUCGUCGGGGGCCGGGGACAGCAUGGAGACGGACGAGCACACCAACAACAAACCCUCCGGCCCCAAGUCCCAGCCCGAGGUGGACGGCUACGCCAAGGUGUUCGGGAAGCUCAAGUCGUUCGGGAACAAGCGGUUCGUCGGGGCGCAUUGCGUGCGCGCCGUCAAGGAUAUCAAUGAGGUGCAUGUGCAUCUGCUAGAGGCGGCGGCGGUGCAUCUGUUUUUCACGAAGGGGCCGGUCGGUGGUUCUCAGGGGCAGGGGGCUGGUGCGGGUGGUGCGGCUGGGGAUGCGUCGAUGGGUGGGGUGGAUGAUUAUGGUGCUGGUGGUGGUGGGCGGGCGUUGCCGGCGAUGAGUCCCGUGGCGAGACGGGUGUAUAAUCUGCUCAGGACGGAGCCACAGAGUAAUGAAGGGUUGCAUGCGCAGUUGAUUGCGGCUAAGUUGAGUCUGCCCAUGCCGGAUGUCGCUAGGGCGGGCGAUGAGCUGUUGACGGCUGGGGUCAUCUUCUCGACGGUGGAUGAGCAGACCUGGGCAAUUCUGGAGUAUUAG